AUGGAUCAGGAGCCUGGAAGCGGAGGAGAAGACACAAUUGAACCGAGCCCCGAUCCAGUGAAAGACCUGGUGGCUGAGCGCCCCCAAGACUUCCAGGUGUUCGUGAAUCUCGUGGACCUGCUCACAGACCUCCUCCUGACUGGAGAUGGUCUCGACCUCUUUCCCUCGCAUCUCUUCAACUUCUCUUAUGAAGUUGUGAAGUUGGCUGUGGCGUACCCUCUUGUGAGCGGGUUUUACCGCCUCAUGACCCUUUGCUUCAAGGUCGCCUCCCAUACCUUCCAUUUCAAUAAUGAGGACACAGGUGCCAAGCCAUAUAUGCAGCAGUUAUACAUGCUGUACCUUCAUUUCACCCAAGAAACACUCCAUCGAUGCAGGAAUUUCAAGGAUGAACUCCUUGUGUCUUGCUUGAAAAUGAUUCUUGCCCUUCCCUCGCCUCUCGUUCUGGAUCUUCUCCCUCUCAUCGUUCAGGCUCUCAAGCUGUCAUUGAGCCGAGGUGUUGGAUAUUUGCCAUUGGCUGCCACCACCUUGACUGCUCUUCAGACAUGGGGGAAGGACCUGGGCAGAGAGUUUUUGAAUCCCUAUUACAAGGACAUUCUUCCCCUUCUUCAGGCCUACCUCAGUUCAAUCAGUGAGAAGAGAGUGGGGGAAAAGUUUGAGAAGGGAAGUUCUUUGAAGCAGAAGACUGCUGCUGCCCGUCGCAAGGCUCGUGCAGCUGCCCUUCACAAGCAUCAUUAUUCCAAGAGGAAGGGAUGGCACAAGAGAGAGGUGAGUCUGGGAGAGAUUCAGCGAGAGAUCUUGACUUAUGUUGGGUCUCUGGGAUCUGAAACAGUGCAAGCAAUGGUCAGGUUGACUCCUGAGGAAAUUGGGCACCUGGCCACAACUUGGGAUCCAAUCAAACACCUCACCUUCUCCUUUCCAUUCAUGGAUAUGAAGCCUGAAAUCUCUUUAGAUGAAUUCCUGCCAGUGGUGUGUGAAUUGGCAUUGACAAGUGGGGAUCGAAAGACAAAGGUGGCUGCAUGUGAAGCACUUCAUUCACUCAUCAUCUACAUGGUUGGCACAGGAGCACAGCAGCCAGAGGAAAGGCAGAAGAAGCAGCCAAUGACAGGGCUGUACAAACAUCUCUUCCCAGCCAUUUUUCAGUUGUCCUGUGAUGCAGACACUGUCACAAAGCAGCUGUUUCAACCCUUGACUCUCCAGCUCAUUCAUUGGUUCACAAACAACAGGAGAUACGAGGGCCCUGAGACCGCUGUGCUCCUCGAUUCCAUCAUGAAAGCAGUAGUGGAAAGACCUGAGUGUUCUGAAUGGGACUAUGGGGCCACAUGCCUACGGGAAUUCAUGGUCUGGUCCAUCAAGCAAGCACCUGCAGGAUGUCACAGUGCCAACCUGAGGUCUGUCCUCCAGCGUGUUUCAUCUCUUCUUCUGCAUCCAAGCCCUCGAAAGCGCCUUGGGGGAGCAGUGGCCUUCAAUGCCAUCUAUCAGCAGGUGCGAGAGGAUGCUGACUUUUUGGACCUGUUCACACUGGACCUAACCAAAAAUUUCAUCAUCAGCCUCACUCUGGCCCAUACAGAUGAAGCUGCUUUUGGAACGGUGGAACAGUGCAGCCAAUCCUUGAGCCACUUAGAAAGGAUUCUUCGGGAGAAGUCUCAGGUAUUCCUGAAAGAAAAGGAGGAGAGACGAGGAGAAUUGAAGAGUCUAGGCGAUCUCCUUCUUUGGCUCUUUUCCCAAUCAGCUUCGCCUUGGACUCAUGCCAGACACAAGUCCCAGGAGCUCUUCACCAAGCUUUCCAUCAGCACACCAGGUCUCCAAAGACCAAAGCAGUAUGUGGACCACUUCAUGAAGGAACAGAGUUUAAAAGCCUUGUUCGGCAUCCUGGAAGGAUGUGGAAUGAUGCAAGGUGUUAGGGGAAUCCAGAAAUCUGCCUCCUUCCCCAUCCCCAAAACUCUCCAAUUGCCGUUGAUCUCAUCAUUGCUGGAGGAUCUCCUUGCUGCUCUUGAUGCUUAUACUUGGCUCUUCCGGGGCUCCUAUCUAGACCAUGGGCGUGUAUUUUCAUCUCCCGAUUCGCUUGUUGUGUCUUCUUCUGCCUCCUUCAUUCAGCAUUGGAGUGAAGUCAGUCUAGAGUCCUUUGAGAAGAAUGGAAAUGUCUUGGUGACUCCAACCGAGAAGGAUGCAUUUGCUCGACUCAAGUGCACAGUAAUAGUCCGAUUGUUAGACAUGCUUACGGCUGUGGGACACCUUCCCUGGAAAGACAAAGAAGAACAAACCAGACUCUUGCAUCUUGUGUUGAAAUGCACUUUGGAUCCAAUGCAGAUUGGCUUUGAUAUGAGAGAUCCAGAGGUGUUUGAGAAGCUCCCUGAGCGUCUUGGAGUGCUGUUCAAGAAACUCCCUACUCCCACCAAGGAGCAACUUAGAGGUGUUCUGAAAAACUUAAUGGAGACUCAGACGGAGUACAACCUCAUUGCACUGGUGACAGGUGCUGAUCCGGUCCAAGACACGAUCAGGUUGCGGUAUCUUGUCCUUGGAUAUUCCUUGCUCUUGGACAAUGGAUUCCUGGAUGACAUUGUUGUGAUACAUGGCCUUGGAGAGAAAGUCUUCACUUAUGUCUCAGAAUCUGUGGUCAACAAAUCGCUGACAACUGAGGAUAUACUUUGUUUCUCCAGUCUCUUGACAUUUGCCUUCAAAGCUGGACUGCCCGCAGAGAAGGUGUUGUCCUGCCUGGUCAAUAGUGGUGGGCUGUAUGGAUCCCUGGCCCUAACGUGGAACAAGGAGCUCCUCAAGAGACAUCGUGUCUACAUUCCCAAAAUGGUCUCUGCUUUGGGAGACCCAAAUGUGGGAGGAGAGACCAGCUCUAUUCUUCUUGCUCUAUUCCAGCACCUUGCUACUGAUUCCUCCCUCAAGAAAAUGUUUGGCAAAGAGGUUGGAGAGACAUUUCUCUCCUGCCUUAGCCAGCUGGAGACAUGGAUGGAAGGAAAAGAAGGGAAGGUGGAAUGGGUGAUAUCAUGUUUCAAUCAGUUAGUCCUUGCACAUCAGGCUGCCCUUCAACAAUCUGCCUCCUUCCUCAGACUCUAUUCUGAGCUGCUCACAUCAACUCAUUUCGACUUGAGCCUAAAGCUGAAACUCCUGGCUCUCCUUCCAUUUGUUGUCAGCUCCAAAUUCCUUAAAUCUGCUGACCUUGAGAAGAUGCUCUCAAGUUUAAGUGGACAACAUUUCCCACUUCACUCGCAUGAGUGGAGUGGACAGGAGCAGAGGAUGGGAAACUCUGCCCAUACAGAUUACAUGGAUGCUCUGUCCCAUAUCAUCCAUUCCCUGGAAGUGACAGGGAACUUGGCCAUCUCUCGUUUCCUCCUUUCAGUCUUGUGUCGGGAGGAGAAUCACCCUUUAGCAGGGAAGUUUGCAUCUUCCCUUCAGAACCUCAUGCAGAGACAGGCAGAAGUGGAAGGCCUGCUAUCUAUGGCAUCCUUCUUCUUUGCUGGAGGAUCGUUCUCAAGUGAAAUGCGGCUCCGCAUCCUUAAGCAGACCUGCUUGCCCAUCUUGCAGGUUGCCAAACCACCUGCACUCAUCAAGUUUUUUGUCUCCCAUAUCCGAGAAAUAAUGGAUAUUGUCAUGGCAGAGAGAGGAAGUGGAGGAGGUGAUGAACUGAAGGUGCUGUUGAAGACAGGGGCCUUCCACCUACUGGAAGUGAUGUAUGCACGCCUGAGUCGUGAAGAUUUGGAAGGGGAAUCUCCUAUCAGCAAAGCCUAUUCCCAGGAAAGCAAGCAACUCAUCAAAGACUCCAUCCAGGCUUCCCACAAUGCAAAGAAAGAGGCAAAACGGAGUUCCAUCACAGACGAUGGGGGACUGGCUGAGAAGAAGAGGCAGUUCCAUUGUGCAGCCUUCAAUGCCCUUGUGGCCAUGCUUACCUGCACCAGCCAGCAGGCCAAAUUCUAUGAGACCCUCCUCUUCACUGAUAACUCUGAUAGGAAUGAACCACUCUGGGAGAAUCUCAUCAACUGUGAUCUCAAUUACAUAUUCCCGGUGGAAUUCGACUCAGUACCAAGAUGGAAGAAGGCAUUGGUGUCCAUCCAGCAGUUAUCCGCAUCAGAUGAAAGUGGAAAUGAGUUGGAAAUGAAACCCAUGGCCUACAUUCCAUACCUGGCAUCUCAGUAUCUUCAGGAUACCAGCAUAGCUGAAGAUGUGUCCCAGUUUGAUUUUUCCAAUUCUGUCGUUUCCUUCAUGCAAUCCAGUGGGACUCUGGGGAAAAGAAAACGAAGUUACUACACACCUCUGGCUGACCAAGAAUCCAAGAAGGAAAGAAGAAUGGAAAUGGUGGAACUGGAAGUAGAUCAAUUGAAUGAGCAUGAAUGCAUGGCAUCCCUAACGGCUCUUCUUCGUUUCAUGCGGAGUACUGGAAUCCUCCCUGAUCCAUCUAAAUCCAAGGAUGCCCCCAAAAGUCUUGCAGAGGUGGCACGAGUCCUGGGCAAGCAAGAGACACCAACAAAUAUCAAGUUGUUCUUGGCGAAGCUCAUUGUGAAUAAUGAGGACAUCUUUAGACCUUAUGCCAAGUCCUUCCUCCUCCCAAUGAUGCUGGUUGUCACAGGUGGACUAUGUGGAUCCUCCCAUAUCAAUUACUUCAUUGCUGACAUUGCAGUGUUGUUGCUGUCAUGGCACAGUGUUGCCAUUCCUGGCGACACAGUGGCUGAACGCAGUGCUGCCAGUAGUUUCCUGGAAUUCCUCAUGAAGAAUGCCUAUCACAUCCGCCGAGACAUCCUUCGCAGCAAUCUUGAACUCAUCAAGCGAAUGUUGGAACUGUGGAAGGAGGUGGUAGAGAUUCCAUGCAUGGUGAUCCAUGACAAGAUCACUAAUGUUGAUCAAAAGAUGCUGGGGAUUCACUUGCUGGGUGCAGUAGUGGCCAAUGGACUCAAGCCUUACUAUCUCACAGCUGUGGUCUCAAAAAAGAGGUAUCUGGACAGCGUGGUUGGUGCAUUUCAGCAGGAGUCGCAGAGGAUCUAUGCGGCAGUUGCAGAGGUGGUGGGACUUGUUCUUGCCCAUCUCCACAAGUCUUCAUUAGAUGAUGAUGAAAAGAGCUUUGAAGCUGACAUCAUUAAAGAGCUGAAGGCAGCUGCUUGCAAGGACCUCAAGCGGAAUUUCUUCAUCAUUGCCCUCUAUCGCAUCCAUCUUCAUUUUCCGGAGAUUGUAUUCAUGUUUCACAGACAAGUGCUGAACUUCUUGCCAUCUUUGACGGGGGAUCUACGGGUGGAAGCCCUAGUGAUUCUCCGUGAGUCAUACAAGAUAGCAAAAGUGAAAGCAGAAGAUUUGCUACCUGUAACAGAUGAUGAAAAGGAAGAUUUGGGGAGUCCACAGCAGAUCCUCAACCGAUGUUAUGUGAUCCUCAAGGCACAUGGCCUUCAUGAUCUCCUCAAACACAGGAGAGUCGAAUGA